AAUCGCAUCUGACAUUGUUUUUCUUCCUGUCUUCACUUGUCUCCUCACUGAAUUGAAGAAGAAGCGAGAGACACUGCGAAUUAAAACCCUACACAAUGGCGUUCGAAAUGCCAUUAGAUCAGAUAAAGCAGCUCCGGAUUCUGCUCCGCAAAGAGGCGAACCUCUCGUGGUACGAACCCGAGAAGGAGGAAAAUCUUUCGCUCCCGAAGCUUCCAUCCGUCUCCGAAACAAUAUCGAAGUUGGAUCCCUCGCCGUCUUAUCUUCGCUGUAAGAAUUGCAAUGGCAGACUCAUAUGCGACGUGCAAUCUUUCGUCUGCGUAUUUUGCGGCACGAAUUCCCGCAAGGACCUCCCACCUGAACCUAUCAAAUUCAAGAGCACCAUUGGCUAUCGGUGGCUACUCGAAUCCCUUCAACUCGAUGGAUCGUCAUAUGGCAGGAAACCUUAGAUACUUCCAUGCAUCUCGAGUAAAGGGUGCAGACCUGUGAGCCGGGCAUGGAUUCGCAGAGGAACCUUCUUCACAGGAUUAUCCAGUAUAAAGAAAAUUAUAGAGGUAUUUUUUAGACGAGGUUGAGUUUAAGUUGCUCUUUGGUUGCUGUUAUGCACUCUACCAUUGGGUGAAAAUACUCCAGUGGAAAUCGAAAUUCAUAAAAGUUGG